AUGUCAACUUAUGGCAACCGAGUCUCCUGGGUUGGCCGGGCCAGCCAGUUGAGGUACAUGUCGGCAGAAAAAGAGGAAACAGGUAGAAUCGGCCCUAUCCUCGAGUCAUUUCCCGUCUACAGGCGUCCCAGUUUUCGCUCCGCCCCGGGGUUCUCUUGUGGAUUUGGCGCAGGCCGACAGCCGAGGUAUUGGCGCACCUGCCGGUCUGGUGGGUUGGGCAAGACCGGAGGCAUAGGAAGCAUGGGAAAGAGGAGGUCGAAGGUGUGUAGCUGUAUGAUUGGACAACGGGCCAGGCAUGAGGGCCGUAUUGUGGCUAAUUUAUGCGGCCGACCUACUCCCCUCCAGCCUCGAGACAGACCUCAGGUCUCCAACACUCGGCGCGUGACUCUGAGCCAUCUACCGAUGACUGCCGAGGUUGCAGCAGUUGAUGAGGAGUAA